GGCCCUCCGGGGAGAUGGAGGCCGAAAGGCUGAUGGUGCUGUACGGGGACGACUCGGUGGAGGAACAACUUCUGCGUGCUCUGGACUUCCGGAACAAGUUUGCUUCUCGCCCGUACUUACCUUCACACGUUAUACCUCCCGAAAGAAAAAAGAUUCUUUUCAGUGAUAUCUUAGAAGUUAGAUGGCCUGACCCUACUACGGCUGAUCUGACAAGAUUUAUAGACAAUGGCAGUGUGAAGAUCUCAUCAGUAGAUGGUUAUGCUCACCUUUACCUGUCAGAAUUGCAGCAAGAAUUUACAGUGGAGUUCUUAUGCAAAGUCAGCCAGUCAUCUGCAGCAUCUUCACGCUCCUCUCAAAAGAACAGCGACUAUCAAACCGGAGAUCAGUAUGGAAAAUCAAGUAAAAAAUCUGUUGCAGAAAUGUCAUUGAAACAAAUGAGAACAGAGAAUAAGAAGAAUGAACAUGGUUGUGCUGAAGGUAAAUGCAGAGAACCAGCCAUACCAGCAGACCAAAAAGACAGAGAUGGAGUCCCUUUGUUCUACACAAAUUGUUCUGAAUACACAUGGGUUACACAGCGUUGGUCUGUUUCCUCCUACCCAGAACAAUGGAAGUACCCUUUGUUCUUGGCACUAAUGUGCUGUAACUUACAUACUGUUAAGAAUGUAAUGAAGACAUGUGAGAAAAACAACCAUACAUCUAUAGGAGCUGAUGUUUUAAUAGACCCUGAAACACGUGAAAGGGUUUCUUGUUUACCUACAGCUUUGCCACUCAGCUGCAGAGCCCCACAUUUACACAGGUGGACUUCCUGUGACUUCUUUCAGAAUCGAGGUACUGAAAAGUAUUCCUGCCCUCAGCUAAUUCAAAUUGUAUGGUGCCAGGGUGUUCUGUAUAGAUUUAUCCAUGAUAGGACAAACAUCACAGAAAUUUAUCCUGGUGAUGACUCAUUUUUCAAGUCAGAGGGAGCAUUUUUGGGAAACUAUUUCAUACAUUAUGCAAUCCAAAAAGGAACAAAAAAGAGAGAAGAAAAGAUGUAUUCAGUAAACAGCUUACCUCCUGAUGUACCAGGAAAUCCAUACUCUAUAUCCUCUGUUGUUACUCAGGCAACCAAAAUACUUCAGUACUGCUACAAGACUAAACUAUCGUUAACUCAUAACUGUUAUCUCUGCUGCUGGAAAAUGGUACCUGAGACAGAUGGACGAGAAAUGUUGCCAGUUUUGCUGUAUGAAAAGGUUAUUCCCAGCAUUGGAAGACUCAUUGUGUACUCGGAUCAUAAAGUCCAUACUGCUUUUUGGGAUGGUAUGACCUUGAUUAUGAUCUGGGAUUUCAGCUCUUCCUGUAGUAAGAUCCAGGUAAAUGAAGAUGUAGGCUGGUGUAAGUUAACUACUCCUGAUGGGGUACAGCAGCUAAUAAAAAUAAGUCAUCCUGGAAUCUAUGAAAGGUACAUCAGAACAGCAAUAGAGUGGUGCAGAAGUUUGAAUGAAAGAAAGGAGAUUCCUGAAUAUACAGCACACUCUGUAACUGAAGAAAAUUGGUCUGCUGAUGUUGAGCUUGAAAAAAUACAGAGAUUUAACUGUAUCCUUUUGAAAGCUGUAAAGAUUUUUCACUUUUAUAUUCUGUUGUUCAUCUGCAUAUUCAAAUCUGCAUUUUAG